GAUUUGCUCUUCCUAUCAUUUGCAAUGUAUUAAACUAAUUUCUCCUUAUACUGAAAAGGACAAACUUUAAGGCACUGUGUGAUAUCCUGUGAAUUUCGAGCUUUUGUCCACCUAUCUCUGUUGGUGACAUUAGGUAUUAUACUCUGAGCAUGACAUUGAGCUGCUAAUUUCAGGUAGGUAAAUAUAAUAGCUUAAGUCUCCUAGAUAGGCAAAUUAUUUUUCUAUUUUUCUUUUUUCUGACAGGAAAUCUUUUUGUACUGUUGUUCAUUUGUACUUGUUCAUGACCUUACAGUCCUGAAGGCCAGAAUUUACCUCUAAACAGAAAGAUGGAAAGUAAAGAACAUUUUUUUGGCCAGACUGAAGAAACUGUUGACUCAUCAGACAAUGAAGCUAGCAACUUGCCACCAAAAAGUAAUGAAAGCAAGAAAUACAGCAAAAUUUCUAAAACAAUAGAGAAGAGAACUUCACUCAGAACUGUGGAUUUGAGCCCAGAUCAUAAGAGAGGGUAUGAAACAUCACUAUUCCUAAGUAGAGAAGAAAACUCCUCUGAUUCUUCAGCAGGGAAAACAGUCAGGAAAAAGAAAAGUUUACAAGUAUACCUGCAUAGUAAAAGAACUGAGAUCGCCUCUCCUCCUCUGAAGCCAUCAAAGGAGAUAACCAGGAAAGAAAGUACUCCAUGCAAAUUGCCAGAUCAGCUUGGUGCUCCCAAGCCUUCAAUAUCUCCUCGUAAAUAUUCCUCAAGUAUUCGGAGAAAGGAAUCAUUAUCUAAUCUCUACAUGACACUAUAUGAAGAAGUACCUGAAGGAAACAUUUCCAAAGAAGAUUUAAAUGCAACUCAUAAAGCCUGUAAAAUUUUUGGAAAAGUUCGAGGUGGUAAGAUUUAUGUGAAUGAUCUGCCAGUGGUCCUUAGCAUGUUAAAGAUUCCCAUGACUGACUCAGAAAUACGAUGGGCACUGAAGAUGAUUGAUAUUGAUGUUAAUGGAAUGCUGGAGUUUUCAAACUUCCUGAAGACCGUGAAUAAUGUUUCCAGUUUGGUUUCUCAGGAUCCAGCAUUCCUGAAUGCCUUGAAGAUUUUUUCUAAGAUGAAAGGUGGUCGAGUUUCCACUGAUGAAGUGGGUACUAUUUUGGAUAGUCUGGAUAUUCCUAUCAAUCCAGAAACAAUUCAGCAAGUGUUAAAAUAUAGUUUCAUUGACCGCAACCAGAUGGUGGAUAUUGGAGACAUUGUGUUUUCUUUGGGUGAACUGCAGCAACUAUAUGAAGAUGUUUCAACUUUGGAAGAUCCAGGCUUGAAUGAAAAAGGUUCAAACAGAACAUUAUCAUAUGUAGCCCCAUACAGGAGGAAAUCAAGUUCCGCAAGAUCAUCUGAAUCUUCAUUAUUAAAAAGGUUGGAAAAGAAAAUCUUCCAAUCUUAUAGUAAUGUUUUGGAGAGGAAUGACUCUGAAUAUAAAGAACCAAAAGUUUCUUCACAAAAGUUUCCAGAUGUGGUUGACAGCAGACACACAGGAAUCCAAGAACCAUAUUCGAAGUAUGGAACAGAUUUAAGAAAACUUUCAGAGAAGGUUGAAAUUCCUGACUCAAAGUCUAAACCACAAAGCUUGAGGAGUAUUACAAGCCUCAAUAAGUUUCUGGAUAAAAGUGAUAUCACCAGUAUUCCAAAACCUCAGAAACCAUCUGGGAAAAGGCGUUCUACCCUUCUAAAACAGAUUUCAUCUAAGGAAGAACCUGCAGUUAAUACUCUGGAAAAUAUCCUUCAAGCUAUCAGUAAACUCCAGGAAAAUUACAUUACUGUAGAAGAUCUUCAGUCCACUUUGCCCUUAUUAGGGAUUACUUUAUCGGACACAGAAUUCCAGAGAAGUGUGAAAGAGACUAAAAAUGAAAAUGGACUGGUGAACUUAGAUGACUUUAUUAUGACUCUCUCCAAGGAUCAAAGUUUUCAUGAAUAUGAUGUGCUGACUAAUGUCAUUAAUGCUUUUGACAAAAUUGAAGAUGAAAAAGUUGAUUGUGAGGAUCUAAAUACUUGUCUGGAAGAUUUUGGAAUUUAUCUCUCUAAGCCAGAAGUGGAAAAGCUUGUGGAAUUGACUGAAGCUGAUGAAACAGAAAAGGUGAAUUUUAAGCAAUUCAUUGAUACCUUGAUGAACAACACAGACUUCUCUGAAAAAUUAAAAUUGCCUGGUGUUACUGAAAAUCUUCAGAACCUCAGCCAGGAGCAGAUGAAUAUUUAUGAUCUGUGGGACACUCUGUCUAGUUUGAAUAGUAAUUUAAAAAAAGAGAAAUUCCUAGAUGCAGUGAAACUAGCAAAAGUUGACGAUGACAAAGUACAACUUAAAGAAUUUGAAAAAAUAGUAAAGAAUAUGCAUGAUGCCUCCAGGUUAAAAGAGUUACAAGAGAUUGCCGUAGCGCUUGAUUCACUUGAAGGUGACAUGAUAGCUGAGAAGAACUUGGAAGAUUUUCUCAAAAAUGUUGGGAUUAAGUCACCUAAAGAAGAAGCAGAGAAAAUUCUUCAAUCAGAUUUUGUUUCUGAGGGAAACACGGUGAAUGUUAACGACUGUUUAAAAAGUUUGAAGGACACCCCAAAAUUUUCCAAUUUUAUUGCAUUGAAUGAGCUCCUUGAUACACUGGACCACAUGGAAGACAGUUACCCAUCUGAUAAAGACAAAUAUUCUGAUGUAGUUGAAAAGUCUUAUUUUACUGAUGAUACGCUUCAAGAAAUACUUAAUGUCAUGGAGGACUUUAGAAAUGAGGCUUUAUCUUCAAAUCUGCAAUUACCAGCGGUGGAUGAGAUUAAAGAGGCUGCUAAUAUCUUUUCACAUGUCGAUGAUAAAAAGAUUGAUAUACCUAAGUUGGAGCAUGCCCUGAAAUGUUUGAAUCUUAAUUUGAGGGAGGAGGAUUUCAACGAAACCCUUAAACACUGUGAUACCAAUGAUAAUAAAGAAGUAGAUUUACAAGAUUUCUUAACAGAAAUGAAAGAAAGUCCGAACUUCAAAAACUCUACAGCUAUGGAGCUACUCUUAGCUACUACCCAAGUUCUCCAAGAUGACCUUGUUGAUGUCUCUGACCUCAAGACAUUAUUGGAAAAUGCUGGCCUUGGUACAGCUAAUGUUGUACUUACUGAAAUGUUAAGAAAUGUACCUGAAUAUGAACAUGGCAAGGUUACUAUUCAUGAAAUUCUGACUAAGCUUGCAGAUGCACUGACAAUUCCAAAAGCCUCAGAGGCUAAAAUUAAAUUUUACAAUGUCAACAUUCAAAAAAGUGAUCCUAAAGCUGUUUCUGACAUUCAGCAAAAUUUAAGUGCUGUAGGAAUCCAUCUCACAGAUGAGGAAACACAGAAGGUUUUGGAUAAUACUAAUCCUAGCGAUGAAGUGGUGUCUUUUAAGGAUGUCAUCAGAGAACUAGCCAACACUGAUGACUUUAUGGAGUGUCAACGAAUAGAAGAUAUGUGGAAUAUUGUUAAUACUGUCUCUGAUGGAAAAGUUGAAGUUAAAGAACUUUUAUCCACCCUGAAGAACCUGGAGAAACCUUUAAAUGAAGACCACUUGGAGGUGUUACUGAGCUCUGCAACAGAUGAAAAUAAGUUCAUCUUAAAAGAUGUAAUUGAUAGUUUCACUGAUUCAUCUAAACCAUCACCAUUCAACAGUUUAUUGAAGGAGACUACAGCUCUUGAUAAUAUCAUAAAUAAUACAAUGCCUGUAAACGAACUGAACUCCAAACUUUUGAGUGCUGGUAUUCCAAUUGACAAGACAUUCCAGGAGAUUCUGAGAAAAGCAUCUAUCAAAGAAAAUGAUGAAAUAAGUCUCAAGCAAAUUUUGGAGAAUUUAGACAAAAGUAAGCCAGCUCCUGAAUUUGAAGAUGUGCAGGAACUUUCAAAGGCCUUUGACAAAGUCACUAAUGGAAAAGUGGAUGUAGCUGAUGUGCAACCUGUACUGAAGGGCCUGAAAGUUUAUGCUCCCGAGGAAGAAUUACAGAAGAUGGUCUCUUCCAUUUCUGUUGAUAAAGCAAAAAACCUUUUAAAAGCUCUGGCCUCCAUUAGGAAAAACCUAGCUUAUCCUGAUGACUUAUUCUCCAUACUGGAAAAUAUGGGAGUUCAUUUAUCCCAAGAUGUGAUUCAAAAUACGCUGAAGAAUACAACUCUCAGGAAAGAUACAAUAGAUGCCAGAGACUUGGACAGCUCACUGGGAUAUAUGGGCACUGAACUCACCAAAGAACAGCUUGAUGAGCUGGAAAGAAACCUCCUUGCUGAAGCUAGAGUGGAGACUGAUCUGAUACCAUUGACAGAUACAAGAGAAGUUAUUUCAGAAGAAGUUGAAAUCAAUGACCUGGAAAAUGUCAUAAAAAACAUGGGAAUAGAGCUCACACCUAGAGAACGACUGAAGCUGGAGAAAUUACUUCCUACUGAUGUUAAUGGGAAAAUAGAUAAGAAUAAGCUGAUGAGUUUGGUGGAAACUAUAAAAGGGUCACAAAUUGAUGUCCAUGACAUUGACAGUCUCCUUGGAAACAUGACAUUAAAACUCACACCAACAGAAUCCAGUGAUCUAAGUUCAGAUUUACUAGUUGAUGAAAAAGGAGAGAUUGAUACCAGUGACAUGAAAAAAAAUCCAGAAUUUAUGGGAAUAGAACUUGAAGAUAAAGAUCACUGGGAGAUGGUGAAUGAUCAGCCAGUGAAUGGACAAAAAAUUGACGUGAAGAAUUUGGAUAGCAUUCUGGGAGGAAUGGAAAUUAAGCAGAUAGAAGAGGAAAUAGAAAAGCAGACAGAAAACCUUCAAACUGAAGAGAAGACUGAUUUUAGUAAAUUAACAGAUGCAGUGAAAGUUGAAUCAGGAGAAGAGAUUGAUGUUAGUGGUGUGGCAAGUAUCCUAGAACAUUUCAGCCCAGAGCUCACACCUAGAGGAAGCAAGGACCUGAUGAAGAAUGUGCCAGUUGACCAUAGUGAAAAAACUUAUGAAAUGAGAUUGGAAGACGAUGUACAAUCUCUACAAGGAGGGAUGGUUGAUGUUGUCAAACUGGACACUAAUAUGCAGAACAUGGAGAUGAAACUCAUAGAAGAUGAAAUUAGUGACUGUAAGCAAAAUCUUUUAGUUGAUGGAAAAGAAGUUGAUGUUGAUGAUCUGGAAAGUAUAGAAAAUGUGGUGUUGGAACACAUAGAUCAAGAGGAAUUAAAAGAAAUGAAAAACCUACCAACUGAUGGAGGGACUGUUGAUGCCAAUGAAGUGGAUACUCUUUUGCAAACCAUGGGGAUAAACCUUUCAGAAAAGGAAAUUAGUGAUCUGAUGCAGAAUAUGCUAUUUGAUGGUAAGCAUGUAGAACAUAAUCUGAAUUGCUCAGAACAUCAAAGAAUAUCUGCUUUUAUAAUAGAGCCUCUGCAAACUCUUAUUUGACAACAAGGAGACAAAAUAUUAAAGACAACAGCUGAAAGGGAAUAUGUUUGUCUUUUAGUAACUUUAUUGUAGGGCUAGGGCCACCAUUAAUCCAAA